GCACCUGGGAGUUUGGGGACAGGGAAUGUGGGACCUUGGGGACAAGGCACACAGGACCUUGGGGAUGGGGCACACGGGAGUUUGGGGACAGCGCUCACGGCACCUUGGGGACAGGGCUCAUGGUGACCACGGUGACAAGGCCCAUGGCACCUUGGGGACAGGGCCCAGGGGCCUGGCAGGGACCACCCGCGGGCUGCCAGGGGACCCCGCAGGGACAGGGCUGGCCCAGGGGACACGGCGCAGGGGAUGGCACAGGGGACAUCUUCGCCACGGUGCCCGCGGCCAUCACUGGGGACGCUGGCACGAGGUGGCAUUUCGCCACCGCUCGGCGUCACCGUCACCCAUCCCUCCCAAUUACCGGGGCGGGCUCUGUCCCCCACCCUCCCGGCCGGCCCUAUAAAGCCACUGCCACCCGUGGGGACAGCCCAGAGCGCGCGGGACACGGGAUCCCGGGAGGUGACACAUCCGCAGGCCCAGCCAUGUCCCGCACGUCCAGAGCUGCCCUCAGGGGGACACCCCGGGGACGCCCCGCGGGGCUCACGGCGGGCAGCGGGGACAUGGCCGAGCCCGUCAUCGACCCCGACAUGGUGGCCUUGUUCGAGGAAUUCCUGGGGACAGAGAUGACCGCCCAGGCGGUCCCGAUGGCGCCGCGCCCGCCCGCGCAGCCGUACCACUACGUGCUGCGGGACACGGAGCAGAAGGGGCUGUGCCUGCGGGACGGUCGCCUGGUGGCCACCAGCCUGCAGGGUGCCAACGCCACCCAGGAAGAGCCCAUCAGCGUCGUGCCCAACCGGCACCUGGAGCGCCGGCGCUGUCCCCUCAUCGUGGGCAUCCGCGGUGGCACCCGGGCGCUGUCCUGCGGCACCGGCCCCGAGCCCCGGCUGAGCCUGGAGGACGUGGGGAUACAGGAGCUGUUCUCCAGCGACCAGGACCGGGCCACCCCCUUCACCUUCUACAAGACCUUCGGGGGCUCCACGCACACCUUCGAGGCCGCCGCCUUCCCCGGGCUCUUCCUCAGCACGGCCCCGGGCCCGGGGGAGGCGCUGGCCCUGGCAUCCCCCCCCGGUGCCACCGCCUUCUACCUGCGCCGCAAGUGACGGUGCCACCGCCGCGGGGACACCUCGAGGGGACACGGCCGUGCUGGGGGGACACGUCCCCGUCUGCCGCUGCUUCCUGCCCGUGCCACGAGUGACAGCGGCGCCGCCGAGGGGGCACCUGCGG